CCAAUUUAUCUAUUCAUAUGCAGUUGCAAAAACAGUACUUUGGGAAGAUGCGAAGCAAACUGUGACAGUGCUUCUACUGUUGGCUGUUAUCUACUACCACUUAUUUACAUGUGGUUACACCUUCAUCACAGCGAUGGCAAAGCUUUUGUCACUAACUGCUCUAUUCUUAUUCAUUCAUGGCAUGCUGCCAUCAAAUCUGUUCGGUCACAAGGUUGAGAAACUUGAGGCCUCUAAUUUUCACAUCACACAGGCACAGGCUCAUCAUAUUGCUCAUUCCAUUAGUUCGAAUUGGAACUCUUUAGUCAGUGCGCUAAGAUCUCUUUGUAGAGGAAAUGAUUGGCUAUUGUUUCUCAAGGUUUCACUAUCUCUGCUGGUUGUCAGCAUCCUUAGUUCCAUGUCUUCUCAGGCUGCAUUUAAAAUAGGUACUGCUCUGGUUUUCACAGGCUUCAAAGCGUAUGAGAAAUGGGAGGACAGCAUUGAUAGUAUGGUGGGCGACGCCUGUACCAUUCUUCUGCACUUUGGUUCUACCAAGAAAUCAUCUAGCUAGAAACAAAUGUAGGUGUAACUUGCAGACUGCCAGUUGCUUUGUUUACUGAUAUUAUCUUCAGCUCCAGUUGUUUCUGGUUUUCGUUGACCUAAAUUUUCUUCUGUAUUCAUCUGAUGGUGUUGUAGAAUUGCCUAGCGGCACAUAUGCAAGUUUUGGACUCUUUUCCUCUUGAUAGUUGAUGUACAAUAUGAAAUUGUACA